CGCGACAGGCGGCUGUGCGAUUUUAUUUAGUUUCGGUCUAGCACGCGCUACGCGUGGUUGUUACAGAGGCGCGCCCUCUAUUUGACAUUAGACUGAAACUCGUACAAAUAAUUCGAUGUAUCAGUGCAUUUACUUAGAGAGUAUCCAAAAUUUAUGAGAUAAAAUGUGUGCCCUAAAGUGUAUUUUUGUUGCUUUCGCCCUUUACAUAAACCUCGUUAGCUCCUGGGACAUUGCAAUCACGACAGGGGACCAAUUAGAAUUUUACACAAACAAAACAAAGACGAAAAAUGAAGGCGAACGUUUCAGAGAUCUCACAGCCUUGGCGUAUGAUGCCGUCCACAAUAUGUUGCUAUUCGUCGAUAAACAAAACGAUAAUGCGUCUAUAUUUAGCUUCAACUUAGCAACGAAGAAAUACCAACCACUGGUCGGGAGACGAUCUUAUGAAAACAUUCAAGGAAUAGCCUUUGAUCCUAUUACUGGAAAACUUUUCUGGACGGACACAAAUGAAAGAAGUAUAUACUGGACUUCUUUAUGGCCAAGAUCAAAGAAAGAUAUCUAUGGAAAGGUCCUUAUCAAAAUGGAUUAUGAAAUACCGAGAGAUAUUGCCGUCGAUAGUUGUAGAGGGUACAUCUACUGGACCAAUACAAAUAUUACCAAACCGUCCAUUGAAAGAGCAAGAUUUGACGGCAGUGAAAGGAAAAUCAUCAUUGACACAGAUAUCCACAUGGCAGUAAGCAUUGCAGUCGAUCAGAGGACAAGCAAAUUGUAUUGGGCGGACGAUAAAGAGGGUAUACAUUAUGCGAUCGAAACAUCCAAUUUAGAUGGAUCCGGGAGAAGAAAAGUGUUAGUGGGAACAUAUCAUCAGCCAAACGCACUGGCCGUAUCCAAAGAUUCUAUUUACUGGGUCGACUGGGGCUUUAAAUCCGUGUGGAAAAUUGAUAAAGACGCUCCGCCCUAUACGGACCCAGAAGAGAUUAUAACUUUCAACAAUGAAGUACCCUUCGGCAUAGUCGCCAAUUACGAUAUUGCGGAUCAAACAAAGGGGAUUACGGAGUGUAAAAACCUAAUGGAAUACGCACAAAAUAAGUCUCAAAUCAAUGAAUCUUUCACAAUUCCAAGUGACGCUGGAUUGUUUUGUUUGCACGGUGUCAAGAAUGGUACUGAAUGCAAAUGUUCUUUGGGGUAUUCUGGCGAUCGCUGUGAGGUGUAUUUGUGUGAAAACUUUUGCCUCAACGGCGAAUGUACGGUGACUUCAGAAGGACAGCCUACCUGCAGGUGCAAAAAUGGUUUCUCUGGAACAAGAUGCGAGGUCAACGAAUGUAAAGGAUACUGUUUGAAUGGUGGAAUAUGUACAAUGGAAAACUCAAAAAUACCUACAUGUUCAUGUAAAAAUAAUUUUGAAGGGACAAGAUGUGAGAUGAAAAAAGUAUCAAUAGUUGAAACAAUUCCCCCUGUUUUAAAGGAAACUUGCAGUUGCGAAAAAGUAAACAAGACAAACACUCAACAAGACACGCUAACAGUCAACGACGACGAGUACGUCGACUCUUGCGCAGGCUGGGAUAAUGUACGGGACCCGAUUCUCAUGGUUUUGGGGAUCCUUUGUGGGCUCCUGUGCUUGGUUUGCGCUUACCUCAUUACGAAGGUCUUGCAGUUGACGAAACGGCCAAGGAUCAAAAAGCGUAUAAUAGUAAACAAGAAUGUGACGCCUCUCACAGCUCGCCCCGACCAAUGCGAGAUCACGAUAGAAAACUGCUGUAACAUGAAUAUUUGUGAAACUCCAUGUUUCGAACCCAAAUCUACAAUAAGGCCGAGUCUAAUGAACUCAAAGCCGGGCAAGGAAGAAAAGAGAAAUCUAAUCGCCAAUAUGGAAAAUCCGGACGACAUGUAUUAACACUAGAUACUUAUUUCUGUACUUAAGUACGGUUUGGUAAAAAAUCCAAAGGUUUACCUAACAUAUUGUGAUAUUCGUUAUAGGCAAGGCGAACGUUUAUUUUAAAUUGUCGUCAAAUUGUGCUCAGGUUUGAAAAACAAUACGUGUGAAAUAAUGUUUAUAGCGACGGAACUUUUUUACUUUGUAAUAGAUGUUAUUUUUAACUUAAAAUCUGAGUACAAGCGAACUAGAUUUUAAGUUAUCAUUGUACAAUAAGAAAGUCUAAAAUGAAGUCUGUUAGUUAUUAAGUGAAAUGAUUUUGUAGAAAUUUUCUUUUUCGACCACACCGUGCCUUUCUGUAGUUGUGAUUAUUUUAUUGCACACAUAUUCAUCAAAAUAAUGCUAUUUAUUUAGCUCUCGUUGGUUGUCAAAAGAUUUAAAAAAGAAAAAUCGUUUUUUAUACACAGCUUAAAAUUUAGAGCUAUAAUCGUGCCAAAUAAUAAUUAUUUUAUUGAAUUGACAUUAAUGUAAUAAUUUCUUUUUAUUAAUUUGAUUUUAAUCAUUGAUUCAAUAUUUUGUUUCAUUUCAUCAUGUUUAAAGGGAAAUCGAUUUUAUAAGAUGAAUCAAUUCCUUUCGGUUGUAUAAAAGGCUUAACUUUACUCUUGCCUUUUUUAGUUAUUUAAGUUUGAAAACAACGACAUCUUUUAAAAGAAUUUUGUGUUCAUAUCAAUUGUGUUCUUAUAAAACUAUGAGUUGUAUGCAAUAUGUGAGCGUGCGCGAUGGGCCCUACUAUUGUAGUGCAGCUAUUUAUUAAACUUAACAAAAAAGCCUUAAUAAUAUAUAAACUUUUAUGUGCUUAGAAAACAAAAUAUGGUAUCCCUGGUACGAAGUUUUUACAACUAUUUGCUUGAAUAUGGCAAUAAAAUCUGUCAUUAUUUUGUUGCCAUAUUGCGAAGCGUACCUUAAUUUUUAAUUAGAAGAAUGCAAUAAAAUUCACGUUACUUAACAUUUAACUGUAAGGUAAAAUUAUUAUUGUAAAUCUAAGAUCAUACCUAUGAAUCAAAGCGUCUUUCUUAAAAAUAUAUAUUUUAUAUCUCAUACUAAUGAGAUACAUUUGAACUUCAUCUAAUUUGAACAUCCAUUCCAACAUUAUAUACGUUUUAUAUUAUAAUUAAUGUACUUAUACAAUUCUUUAAGAAUGUAAAAAGGAUAUCAACAUUAUUUUUGUUCUGUAUUUGCUUCGCAUAUUAGUGGCUUUAUGUAUCGAGUGAGAUUUAGUAGCGGUCCAAGGCACUUACUGUUUGUUUAUCUGUGCCUCUUUUUCCACGUUGAAAAUGCACUGAAUGUUAGUCUUGUAAUAAUUUACGUUCCUAUAAUUUUAUUUAGAUAUCUACUAAAUUAUGUAACAAAUUCAUUAUUUUUUGGCUUUUAUUUACUGAACCAUAGAUAACAUUUUACUUUUGACAUUUGAAGAUUGCCUGUCACAAAUCGAGUUUCAAGUGUAAUUUGUGAAUCUCACACAUAUAUUUAUUUUAUUCAAAAUUGAAAACGGUUGGCAAUUAUUUUUAAGUAUUAACAAGCAAAUUAUUUAUGAAAACCCAAAGACACUGUUAACCGCUAGAGGCACCUUACCAUUAUUUAUUAUUGGCAUAGACAAGCAUAGGUACUUAGUUAUGUAGUUAGAAAAUUUAUAUCAUAAUAGAUUUAGCUUAGUUCGUGGAUUAAUAAUAUCCACAUGAGAAAUGUGAUAUUAUUGAGUCUUUGUAUAAGCCUCUUUUAGAUAUAAAAAAUAUGUUUUAUUAUAAAAAUAAAGUGCUUUGCAAAGGA